AAAGUGCUGGAGUGUCAGAUGAUUUUUUUAAACUCGGUGUCCAACUUCAGGGCAGAAACUUUGGACGGUUCUGAUUAAAACCGGCAACUUUAUGAGUUUGUAUUAAACCCACAGCGGUGUGACUCUGUGUGUAGUUUUAGUAACUUAAUUUAAAUGGUAACUUUUUUGUUUUUGUAUAGAUUUGGUCUGUAAAUGUAGAUAGUGUAAAGAUAUAAGAUAGCAUUUACUUUACAUGUACAUAAACAGGUAUCUUAACUUAGUUAGCUGGUUAAGUAACAUUAUUUAUCAUGGUUGAAGUUUAUGACGUCAUGAUUAGCUUUUAAUUAGAAUGAUUCAUUAAUGAAUGAUGUUAAUGAGUGGAGCAGAUCAUUUGUGCUACACUGAAAUGGUUGUAAACAAGCUUUCUUGAUUGAUUGAUUGAUUGAUUGAUUGACUGUUCCUGAGAAGUCUGAUCUGAUCUGAUCUGAUCUGUAUGUUGAAUUUGACACUGAAUUGGACGUCAUGGGAGAGCAGAGAAACUCAGACGGAGAGGCGAAUGAGAAAUGUUUCUCCAGCAGCGAGGCACAGCCCGAAAGCCGAGUGCGGGUUUAUUCGGAGCCCGGUGCGGAGUCUCCGGAUCAGAUGGAGACCCGCUUGUACAAAAGGAGAUGGCUGAUUGUGUUUUUGUUCAGCUCUUACUCACUUUGUAACUCGUAUCAGUGGAUCCAGUACGGCAUCAUUAACAACAUUUUCAUGAAGUUCUACAACGUCGACUCCUUCACUAUAGAUUGGAUGUCCAUGAUCUACAUGCUCACCUACAUCCCACUCAUCUUCCCCGUCACGUGGCUCCUGGAUAAGAAGGGGCUCCGCGUGGUGGCGCUCGCGGCCACGGCCCUCAACUGCGCCGGCACGUGGAUCAAAGUAGCCAGCGCCAGGCCCGACCUUUUCCCUGUCACCUUUCUGGGUCAGGUGACGUGCUCCGUGGCUCAGGUGUUCAUCCUCGGGAUGCCCUCGCGCAUCGCCUCGGUGUGGUUCGGGUCCAAUGAGGUUUCCACCGCGUGCUCCAUCGGGGUUUUUGGAAAUCAGCUUGGCAUCGCCAUUGGCUUUUUGGUUCCACCAAUCCUGGUUCCAAAUGUAGAAGACAUGAACGAGCUGGCCAAUCACAUUCAAGUGAUGUUCUACAUCACAGCGGGCGUGGCCACAUUCCUCUUCAUCCUGGUGCUCAUCGUGUUUCAGGAGAGACCCGCUCUUCCUCCGUCUCAGUCUCAGGCUUCAGCUCGUCUCAUCCCCACAGAGAGUUAUUCGUACCCAUCCUCUAUCCUCCGGCUCCUCCGCAACACUCCCUUCAUCCUGCUCAUCAUCAGCUAUGGAUUGAACGUUGGCUGUUUUUACGCCGUGGGUACGCUGCUCAACCAGAUGAUCAUCAAACACUAUCCGGGUGAAGAGGUGAAUGCUGGGAGAAUCGGCCUCACCAUCGUCAUCGCCGGAAUGGUCGGCUCGCUCAUCUGUGGGAUCUGGCUGGACAGAACCAAAACGUACAAACAGACUACGUUGGCCGUGUACGUGAUGUCUCUGGUUGGUUUGGCCGUUUACGCCUUCACGCUGGAUCUCGGUCAUCUGUGGGUCGUCUUCAUCACCGCUGGAGCUCUCGGAUUUUUCAUGACAGGAUAUCUACCUCUGGGUUUUGAGUUUGCGGUUGAACUCACGUACCCCGAAUCGGAGGGGACGUCCUCCGGCCUGCUCAACUGCUCAGCUCAGGUGUUUGGGAUUAUUUUCACCAUCUGUCAGGGGAAGAUCAUCAACACUUUCAGCACGCUGGCAGGAAAUCUGUUCCUGUGUGCGUUCCUGAUCAUCGGGACUGUUAUAACUGGGUUUAUUAAGUCUGAGCUCCGCAGGCAGAGGGCGAAUCAGUUAGCCAAGACGUCUGCUGCAGUUAUUCUGGAUUACGGUGCCACGACUCCAAUUAACUGAUCAAUCAAUCGCCUCUCGGCACACGCAAGCACAGGAAAAGUCAAAUGGAUCACAUGUUAAUUCUACUGCUGUUGGACCUGCUACAAGAAUGUAAACACACACACAGACACACACACAUUUUACUGUUAAUUUGUGUGUUUGUGUGUUCAAGCAGUACAUUUAUUUAUUAUGUAAAUUAUCAUGUUUAUAUACAGUAGGGUUCAAAAGUCUGAGUCCACUGUGGGGCGUGUCCCAAUCCACACAACCUACUCACUAUAUAGUCCACAUAAACACUAUCAUCAGUCCACUGUGGGCGUGUCCCAAUCCACACACCCUACUCACUAUAUAGUCCACAUAAACACCAUCACCAUCAUGGGUCCACUGUGGGCGUGUCCCAAUCCACACACCCUAUUCACUAUAUAGUCCACAUAAACACUAUCAUCAGUCCACUGUGGGCGUGUCCCAAUCCACACACCCUACUCACUAUAUAGUCCACAUAAACACCAUCACCAUCAUCGGUCCACUGUGGGCGUGUCCCAAUCCACACACCCUACUCACUAUAUAGUCCACAUAAACACCAUCACCAUCAUCAGUCCACUGUGGGCGUGUCCCAAUCCACACACCCUACUCACUAUAUAGUCCACAUAAACACCAUCACCAUCAUGGGUCCACUGUGGGCGUGUCCCAAUCCACACACCCUACUCACUAUAUAGUCCACAUAAACACCAUCACCAUCAUGGGUCCACUGUGGGCGUGUCCCAAUCCACACACCCUACUCACUAUAUAGUCCACAUAAACACCAUCACCAUCAUCAGUCCACUGUGGGCGCGUCCCAAUCCACACACCCUACUCACUAUAUAGUCCACAUAAACACCAUCAUCGGGCCACUGUGGGCGUGUCCCAAUCCACAGACCCUACUGACUAUAUAGUCCACAUUAACACCAUCACCAUCAUCGGGCCACUGUGGGCGUGUCCCAAUCCACACACCCUACUCACUAUAUAGUCCACAUAAACACCAUCACCAUCAUCAGUCCACUGUGGGCGUGUCCCAAUCCACACACCCUACUCACUAUAUAGUCCACAUAAACACCAUCACCAUCAUGGGUCCACUGUGGGCGUGUCCCAAUCCACACACCCUACUCACUAUAUAGUCCACAUAAACACCAUCACCAUCAUGGGUCCACUGUGGGCGUGUCCCAAUCCACACACCCUACUCACUAUAUAGUCCACAUAAACACCAUCACCAUCAUCAGUCCACUGUGGGCGCGUCCCAAUCCACACACCCUACUCACUAUAUAGUCCACAUAAACACCAUCAUCGGGCCACUGUGGGCGUGUCCCAAUCCACAGACCCUACUGACUAUAUAGUCCACAUUAACACCAUCACCAUCAUCGGGCCACUGUGGGCGUGUCCCAAUCCACACACCCUACUCACUAUAUAGUCCACAUAAACACCAUCAUCGGUCCACUGUGGGCGUGUCCCAAUCCACACACCCUAUUCACUAUAUAGUCCACAUAAACACCAUCAACAUCAUCAGUCCACUGUGGGCGUGUCCCAAUCCACACACCCUACUCACUAUAUAGUCCACAUAAACACCAUCACCAUCAUGGGUCCACUGUGGGUGUGUCCCAAUCCACACACCCUACUCACUAUAUAGUCCACAUAAACACCACCACCAUCAUGGGUCCACUGUGGGCCCGUCCCAAUCCACACACCCUACUCACUAUAUAGUCCACAUAAACACCAUCAUCGGGCCACUGUGGGCGUGUCCCAAUCCACACACCCUACUCACUAUAUAGUCCACAUAAACACCAUCACCAUCAUCAGUCCACUGUGGGCGUGUCCCAAUCCACACACCCUAUUCACUAUAUAGUCCACAUAAACACCAUCACCAUCAUCAGUCCGCUGUGGACGUGUCCCAAUCCACACACCCUAUUCACUAUAUAGUCCACAUAAACACCAUCAUCGGGCCACUGUGGGCGUGUCCCAAUCCACAGACCCUACUGACUAUAUAGUCCACAUUAACACCAUCACCAUCAUCGGGCCACUGUGGGCGUGUCCCAAUCCACACACCCUACUCACUAUAUAGUCCACAUAAACACCAUCAUCGGGCCACUGUGGGCGUGUCCCAAUCCACACACCCUACUCACUAUAUAGUCCACAUAAACACCAUCAUCGGGCCACUGUGGGCGUGUCCCAAUCCACAGACCCUACUGACUAUAUAGUCCACAUUAACACCAUCACCAUCAUCAGUCCACUGUGGGCGUGUCCCAAUCCACACACCCUACUCACUAUAUAGUCCACAUAAACACCAUCAUCGGGCCACUGUGGGCGUGUCCCAAUCCACACACCCUAUUCACUAUAUAGUCCACAUAAACACCAUCACCAUCAUCAGUCCACUGUGGGCGUGUCCCAAUCCACACACCCUAUUCACUAUAUAGUCCACAUAAACACCAUCACCAUCAUCAGUCCGCUGUGGACGUGUCCCAAUCCACACACCCUAUUCACUAUAUAGUCCACAUAAACACCAUCAUCGGGCCACUGUGGGCGUGUCCCAAUCCACAGACCCUACUGACUAUAUAGUCCACAUUAACACCAUCACCAUCAUCGGGCCACUGUGGGCGUGUCCCAAUCCACACACCCUACUCACUAUAUAGUCCACAUAAACACCAUCAUCGGGCCACUGUGGGCGCGUCCCAAUCCACACACCCUACUCACUAUAUAGUCCACAUAAACACCAUCAUCGGGCCACUGUGGGCGUGUCCCAAUCCACACACCCUAUUCACUAUAUAGUCCACAUAAACACCAUCACCAUCAUCAGUCCACUGUGGGCGUGUCCCAAUCCACACACCCUAUUCACUAUAUAGUCCACAUAAACACCAUCACCAUCAUCAGUCCGCUGUGGACGUGUCCCAAUCCACACACCCUACUCACUAUAUAGUCCACAUAAACACCAUCAUCGGGCCACUGUGGGCGUGUCCCAAUCCACACACCCUACUGACUAUAUAGUCCACAUUAACACCAUCACCAUCAUCAGUCCACUGUGGGCGUGUCCCAAUCCACACACCCUACUCACUAUAUAGUCCACAUAAACACCAUCAUCGGGCCACUGUGGGCGUGUCCCAAUCCACACACCCUAUUCACUAUAUAGUCCACAUAAACACCAUCACCAUCAUCAGUCCACUGUGGGCGUGUCCCAAUCCACACACCCUAUUCACUAUAUAGUCCACAUAAACACCAUCACCAUCAUCAGUCCACUGUGGGCGUGUCCCAAUCCACACACCCUACUCACUAUAUAGUCCACAUAAACACCAUCACCAUCAUGGGUCCACUGUGGGCGUGUCCCAAUCCACACACCCUACUCACUAUAUAGUCCACAUAAACACCAUCACCAUCAUGGGUCCACUGUGGGCGUGUCCCAAUCCACACACCCUACUCACUAUAUAGUCCACAUAAACACCAUCACCAUCAUGGGUCCACUGUGGGUGCGUCCCAAUCCACACACCCUACUCACUAUAUAGUCCACAUAAACACCAUCAUCGGGCCACUGUGGGCGUGUCCCAAUCCACAGACCCUACUGACUAUAUAGUCCACAUUAACACCAUCACCAUCAUCAGUCCACUGUGGGCGUGUCCCAAUCCACACACCCUACUCACUAUAUAGUCCACAUAAACACCAUCACCAUCAUGGGUCCACUGUGGGCGUGUCCCAAUCCACACACCCUACUCACUAUAUAGUCCACAUAAACGCCAUCACCAUCAUGGGUCCACUGUGGGCGUGUCCCAAUCCACACACCCUAUUCACUAUAUAGUCCACAUAAACACCAUCAACAUCAUCAGUCCACUGUGGGCGUGUCCCAAUCCACACACCCUACUCACUAUAUAGUCCACAUAAACACCAUCAACAUCAUCAGUCCACUGUGGGCGCGUCCCAAUCCACACACCCUACUCACUAUAUAGUCCACAUAAACACCAUCAUCGGGCCACUGUGGGCGUGUCCCAAUCCACACACCCUAUUCACUAUAUAGUCCACAUAAACACCAUCACCAUCAUCAGUCCACUGUGGGCGUGUCCCAAUCCACACACCCUACUCACUAUAUAGUCCACAUAAACACCAUCACCAUCAUGGGUCCACUGUGGGCGUGUCCCAAUCCACACACCCUAUUCACUAUAUAGUCCACAUAAACACCAUCACCAUCAUCAGUCCACUGUGGGCGUGUCCCAAUCCACACACCCUACUCACUAUAUAGUCCACAUAAACACCAUCACCAUCAUGGGUCCACUGUGGGCGUGUCCCAAUCCACACACCCUACUGACUAUAUAGUCCACAUUAACACCAUCAUCGGUCCACUGUGGGCGUGUCCCAAUCCACAUCACUACAUCACAGUGGGUGGUCUCAGACUUUUGGACGUAAGAAAUUGUGCCUCUGUUUAUCUUUGCACUGUUAUUUAAUGUGCAUCUCAUUACUGUUGUGGAUGUUUUAUAGAUAAAAUCUAAUCAAAGUGACAGAAAAGAGUUUAAAACACAGUUAAAUUCUGUGUCCAAAAAUCUCAGCUAAAAUAUUACCAGUGUGAGAAAUCAGUGUUUAAUCCGUGGCUCACUAAACCGCUCGAAGCAAAGGGGACUUGUUACGCUGCGCGUCCACGUGAGGGGUUUGCAGAUGGGAAGCUUUUUAAUUUGUUUCUAAAAAAAAAAGAUUUAGAGGAAUAAUUUACACAUUUUGAGAUUCUUUUAACAGCUCAGCGAAAGAGACGUCAGAGCGCGUUAAACUCAAACUAAACCUUAAACCGAUUUACUGUGUGUUCAGGAAUAGUUUGUCACCGACGUGAACUGCUCUGGAGCUGAAGUUCUGAGCUUCGCCACGAGCAGCGAGAUUGUCUUGUAAUAAAAUUCCUGUCGCAGGUUUCGCAGGAUAUAAACCACGACUUUUUAACGUUUAUGAGAUUAUUACUCGGAUGAGUCAGUAUUAAUUCUACUACAGCGUAUUGAUGCGACUCCGCUGGUACAGAAGCAAAGAGAAACUGGAAAAAAAAUCUAAUCUUAGGAUUAGAAACCAAAAUUAUUGAUAUGCAAAUGUGAUCAGUGUUUUUAUCUUUUAUAUCAGGGUUUUAGAGCGACUUUAGAAACGACAACGGGGUUCAAUUUUAACUUUUAAUUGUGUUUUUAACACUUAUUUCUUAUUUCUAACACUCCCCACUUAUCCUCAGCCGCCAUCUUAACGGCUGUUCCAUUAGUUUAUCUGCUCGAUUUACUAUAAGCUCCAGAAUUAUUGGCACUCCUUUUUUUAAAAAAAACAAACAAACAAACAAACAAACAACAACAACAAAAAUCGUGCAUCGGUAUAUUCCUAAACACUCGAGUUACCUUGCAAAAGGAAAUUCUAAAUACGAGAAUGCUUCAGUUUGUUCUUAAGAAUUUCCAGAUAAAUUUUCUUACAGUAAAUUUCCAUUAAUUAAAAGUUAUUUAUCUCAUAUUUUCAGUGAUAUUAAGCUUUAACAACAAACAACAAAUUAACAACAAACACGUGACCUUUUUCUUUUCUAACCUGUCUUUACCAAGGGCGCCAAUAAUUCUGAAUCAGACUUAAUGUAAUAUUUAAACUGUAAUAUUUUAAUAUUUUAUCUGAUCGAAUAAUAUCAGUCUUUAUAAGUGUAUAAACUGCGUUCAUGACUGAUUUUAUUUCAUCACUUAUCUGAUAUUUAACUCCAUUUUGUGCUAAAGUCCCAAACGGUGCGUUCUGAUUGGCUGAGAGCCGCAGGAGCAAUAAACAUUCGCCUCUGAAGUUUAAAAAAUGAAACGGGAUCUUUAUAUUUAGAUAUUAUUUGUCAUUUCAUCCAGCGAUUUCUCACACAGAUGAAGGAUUCGUUUAACUGAUGAAAUAAAAGCAGCUCUUUAUCGGAAACUCGUACUCAUUUUGCGUAGCUCAGGCACUCGGACGCUUUUUUUUAUUAUUGAAAUCUAAACAAUUUUAAAAGUAUUUGUGCUGCAAAGUGAUUUUUUUAAAUAACUGGAUUAAAAUGUGAAUGUUUUUGUAACAAAAAAACACAGAUUUUCUCUGUAACUUUUCUACUUGAAGAUCUUCGAUGUGUAAAACGAUUACGUCUCAGUAUGUGAUUAAACAAAUAACUGCUUUUAAAGAAAUUAUUUUUUAUUAGAGAAUUUUUUUAAAUUUUAACAGAGAACGUCUGACUAAUCAUCUCAGGUUUUGUUUUGGGUUUUUUUUUAUAUCAUUUUUACUGAUAAAAAUUUCAUAAAGAAUGAAUAAAAUGUUUGUAAAGGCA